UUGAUACAUUUAGUACGCCUUUAAGUGAAAAUGAAAGUAGCAGUAGUCUAAGGAUGACUUAGAAAAGUUGGGCUUACGUAGAAGCAACUCGGUAUAAGAAGCCAAACUUUGAAUGAUUAGCAGAUGGAAAAUGAAACCUUUCACGGUGAGUGAUAUGUGUGGGUGGGUGAAACAAGACACCGUGAGUUUCACUUCCCUAUAGAAAACUGCUAUAAGCUUGUGUUUCUUGUGUUUGUGUGUGUUUUGCCACGUUAGAGGGUGUGCAUUGUAUGUAUAUGAUGUACAUGUUUGCAACCAUGGCACUCGUGGAGCAACAGACUACCGCAACACUGACCGGAAAGAUCAAGCGCUUUGACGAGGAGGUUCGUUUGACAAUCAAAACGGCGCUGAAACAAUGUGACUGGCAGUCCCUGACUAAGGAGUUUAGUCUCGAGUCCUACACACAGUUGGACAGGGAAGGGCUAGACCUGAUCGUAGACUGUGUGGACGAGAGUUUUGCUGACUUCAGGAAGGAUGUCCAGGCUCGAGUGAAUGUGGCAAAGAGGAUGCAUGCCAGUGGGCGGGCAGACGUCUACAAGGGCAAAAACCAGCAAGGUUUCCACGAUAAAUUCUACAGGUACUACCUGUUUGUGCGUGCCAACACGAACGAAACCUACGACGUCUUCCUGGCUUACGUUUGCCGCAAGGAGGAGUUUGACUUCUUCUUGGCCGUCAAGAAGUGUAUCGCAGGGACCGCGAAUGUGAUGUCAAGCUUGCCAGCCAUAGUCUGGAAGAAGAUUGCAGGUGAUUCUAAAGCAGCCAAUGCUAUCGUAGACGGUGUCCUUGGGGACGACUCCAAGGCUGUCACUGCCCCGAAGUAUGGCGGGAUCCCAAACGACCUGGGCGACAAGCUGAUGGAGUUUGAGUUCGUGGAGAGUCUGAUCGAGCGGGGGACUCUGGUUCCUGAGGGGGAGGACGGACGCCAGUUCAAACUUGUCAUCUGUUAAGCAUAGACGUUAGGAACAUUGCAUAAAAAGUGGUGUCCGUCGAUGCCUAAACUCCGAAGUAGCAAAAACGAAUAACAAAAUUCCAUAACCAGCAUUUUCUACCCUACAAAACCAGAGUAAGUUCCACUGUGGAUAUGUGAAACACUUUUGUCAUUUAUUGCAAAACGAUUUAGCAAUUUUCUAUUGUUUAAAAGUAUAUCGUAAGGAAAAAUAGUGGUAUUUUUAAUCUUAACCCAGGCAUUUUAGCAGCUUAGUAUGGUACUGAGUCUACAUGGAAUUCCUUGUCGGCAAGGGUGUACGGACGCUAAAGUACACAACAUUCUGUAGUACUUUAUACACUACAUCUAUUUGUCUUUUUUUCUAAAGAUGGACUGAUUUGUAUCAGCAGCAGGCCUGGGAUGCUAGAAUUGAAUAUGGAUGAACACUGUAAUUUCCCGAGUCCACAUUAUACUGGUAUUAGAA